CAAACAGGACUGUUUGAGGCAGAAGAAGCGACUCCUGGCCCGUGUUCUUCUCAGGUGGCCUUCCAGUUUCAAAAUACAGCGGCUCUCUCAGCUCUGCCUGCUGCUGUGGCGGCAAUUCCAGCAUGGUGCUGCUGGUCGCGUGGAGCACUUUUUUCUUCGCCCUUUCCGGGCUGCCCUUUGCUGCAGGUGGAUUUGCUGAAGCCGCCAGCUCAAGAGGUCGCAGGCAGCUAUUAACUGUGAAUCAGCCUGGGGUCUGUCGCUAUGGUUCUAAGCUUGACUGCUGCUAUGGCUGGAAAAGGAAUAGCAAAGAACACUGUGAAGCCAUCUGUGAACAUGGGUGCAAGUAUGGUGAAUGUGUGAUGCCAAACAAAUGCAAAUGUUUUCCUGGGUUUGUAGGGAAAACCUGCAGUCAAGAUAUAAAUGAAUGUGGAUUGAAACCACAUCCUUGUGAACACAGAUGUAUGAACACACACGGCAGCUACAAGUGCUAUUGUCUCAAUGGCUACAUGCUCAUGGCAGAUGGCACCUGCACAAAUUCCAGGACAUGUGCCAUGGUGAAUUGCCAAUAUGGCUGCGAAGAGGUGAAAGAUGAUGUGCGAUGCUUGUGUCCUUCAAGUGGACUUCAUUUAGCACCAAAUGGAAAAACAUGCAUAGAUAUUGAUGAGUGCUCCACUGGCAAAGCUAUUUGCUCUUUCAACCGCAGAUGUGUCAACACAUUUGGAAGUUACUAUUGCAAGUGCCAGAUUGGGUAUGAACUGAAAUAUGUGAGUGGCCGAUAUAACUGUGUAGAUAUAAAUGAAUGCACAGCAAAUGUGCCCAAGUGUAGCUUCUAUGCAGAGUGCCUCAAUACUCAGGGAUCCUUCAAGUGCAAAUGUAAACCGGGCUACAGAGGCAACGGGUUUGAAUGCUCUGUUAUUCAUGAAAAUUCUGUGAAAGAGAUUCCCAGAAUCUCUGGAGUUGCCAAAGAGAAGCUAAAGAAACUGCUUGUGCAUAAGAACAGUGUAAAAAAGCAUGAAGACAUCAAAAAUGUGAUCCCAGAACCUCCUGUGACCCCAGCUUCUAAAGCUCAUGUAAGGCCAUUAGACUAUGAAGAUAGUGCGUACAUAGAAGCUACCUAUGGUGAACAGGGUAAAGGCACUGAAAAUGCCAGAAGAGAUGGAAAAGAAGAGAAAGAAGCAGAAGAAGAAGAAGAAGAAAGGCCAGACCUUGAAAACCAGACUGACUCAGAGAAGAAACUCCGAGGAGAUGUAUUUUCUAAAGAAGCUGCUGCCUUUGGUCCUGCCCCAGCACAAAGGAAAAUUCCAGUACAAAAAGUGGAGUUGGAAGUGGAUUGCAGCUUUGGUCGAGGGUCUUGUGCCUGGCAGCAAGAUACGAAUGAUGAUUUUGACUGGAAUCCUGCAGAUCACGAUAAUGGUGAUGAAUAUUAUAUGGCCGUUCCAGCCUUCAUGGGGCACAAGAAAGAUGUUGGUCGUUUGAAUCUUCUUCUCAAUGACCUCAAGCCAAAGAACAUCUAUUGUUUGAUUUUUAGUUACCGGCUUGCAGGAGACAGGGUGGGUAAACUACGAGUAAUCUUGGGCAACAGCAGCAGUAGUCCUUCCUGGGAACAGAGCCUGGGAGAUGAUGACCAGUGGAGGACGGGACAAAUGGAAGUGCACAUGGGAGGUGAAACAACUAUGAACAUUACUUUUGAGGCAGAACGUGGGAAAGGUAAAUCUGGAGAAAUUGGAGUGGACGCUGUGGUACUGUUUUCAGGCCUGUGCCCUGAAGAUCACUUGACAUUUGAUACCUGAGCCUAUUAUUUUCAUUGUUAUGUUAUUUGCUAUAGUAAUUCAGAAUUUAGUAACACUGUGACAGACAAAAUGUAAAUCAAAUGUAAAUCUGGAAACAGCAUCUUGAACUUCACUGCAGACAGAAAAACUGAUCUGUCUAAAAUGUGUUAAAUAACACAUUUGUAUAUAAAAUAUACUAAACUUUGUUGUACGUGUAGCUCUACUGUACUCAUGGUCUGGAUCUAGAUGUGACAAUAUUUGUCUAGUUCUUUGGCAAUACAUGUCCUUUAUUUUACAUAAAAUUCCUUUUA